AAAAUAUUAAUAUAAUGAAAAUGGAAUUAAUUAAAAUGAUUAUGGCCAUGCGUAAUAUCGUGUCAUAUCGGACUGCCUGUUUGUUAGUCUGUUUUACUACUACUAAGCCUGCUGGAGUUACCUGGCCCAGGAGAGGGGGCAAUGUUUAGAGAGCAGUUCAUGGUGAGGAGAGGGUGAAGGUGGUGACGUUGGUAUUUGUGUUCAUAAGAAUAGACAUCGGCAGAACUAUAUUUCAUCAUUAUGCAUUAUGCAAGUAGGUCUACUACCUUGUAACGACUUCAUGCAAUUGAGAUGCCUCGUGAUUUCGUUGUCCCCUAAAUAUAUUUUGUAAAUAUCAAACCAAGCUAAGCAGUCUUUCUUGCAACAGCAUUGUGCACACAAAGCUAGUUAUACACCUCACGGUGUCAGUAUUACACCAUAGGAGAUUUGCUUUCAAGAUUUGGCCCUGCCCCUUCUAUUGCAUACAGGGUAUUUCGUUCGACACAAAACGAUGGACACGAGCGGGUUGUGUGGCUGGGGGGAAUCGUGAAAACAAUGAAAUGAGGAGUGAAACACUAUUGAGCAACAUACAUCAGAAUUCGGAACAUUUUCUUUCAUCAUCUGUGUGAAUUAGUUCAUAAAUUCCGUUUGAAAAGGCUUAUUUUUGUCUCUUGGCGAUGGAGAAAAGAGGACAAAGGCGCAGAUGGGACGACUGGUGGAUGGCGUUGCAUUUCUCGUUGCUGCUCUGUUUUAGAGACCGUGUGUCGGCACAGAUAAAAUACUCCAUUCAAGAGGAAGCAAAAGCGGGCUCAGUUGUGGGCAACGUUGCUAGUGAUUUGGGUCUGGAUGUCAGUUCUUUGAUGAACAGACGAUUUCGUAUCGUCUCUGGCUCCAAGGAAGCUCUUUUCCAGGUAAAUCAGAACACUGGCGUAUUAUAUGUGGACAAUACUGUUGACCGAGAGGAACUAUGUGAUGACAGUGGCGCUUGUUCGAUAAACCUGAAAAUAGUGGUAGAAAACCCUCUAGAGAUACAUUAUGUGACAGUUGAAAUUACAGAUGUGAACGAUAAUUUCCCAUCUUUCCACGAAAAAGAGCAAUUUUUAGAGCUGGCAGAAAAUACGAUCACAGGGAGACGCUUUGAACUGCAAACAGCUCGGGAUCUUGAUGUAGGUAUCAAUUCGGUGCGUUACUAUAAAUUAAAUCCAAACGACAAUUUCGAUUUAGAGUUAAGUGACAGUGGUUAUGGGGAUAAGAGUCCACAUUUGGUAUUAAAAAAAACUCUGGACAGGGAGAAAAGUGACAAACACAUAUUAUUACUGACUGCACUAGACGGUGGAAAUCCACCUAAAUCUGGUACUCUUAAUAUUACUGUUACAGUCUUAGAUAUAAAUGACAAUCGCCCGGUUUGCAGUCAAGAGACAUACUCAGUCACCCUUGAAGAGAAUGCCACUAAUGGAACUAUUGUCACUACUGUCAAUGCAACUGAUUUAGACGAUGGUGUAAACGGGCAGGUGGAAUAUAGCUUUGGCAGAGUGGUCAAACAUAAAAUACAAGAUAUGUUUCAACUAGAUAAAGUUACAGGCGAGAUACGAGUUAAAGGCAAAGUAGACUUUGAAAAAAUGCAAUGUACAGACUUAGUAUAAGGGCAUCUGAUAAAGGCCAACCUUCUAUGGAUAGCGACUGCAAGGUUAUCAUCACAAUUGUAGACUUGAACGAUAAUAAACCGGAAAUAGA